AUGCCUUCAAGCAUUGUGCAACCAUACCGCACUCGAUACACCACCAUGGAGCGCCAACUCUACUCAAGUGGAGACACGGGAGGUAGAACGCAUGAGGGCUAUACCACCUGGUCAACAACAACAGGUCAACAGCAUGCCACGCACGACUUGAUCCGCGCACAGGCAAUAAUGCCCGCAUACGCCGGAGCGGCGGCGACGCCUACGUCCCAUUACAGCUUCCCUCCUCAGCGAUCUAGCCUCUACCGGCGCUGCCCCGAGUGCCCCGAGGGACGUCGUUGGCUCGAUCGAUUGCAUUGUCUCCAACCGAGCAACAUGGUGGUUGAAGGGGUCAAGAAGCUAUGGCAUGAUGGUGCAUCAACGUCGCGAGCAUGUGAGAAGCCUGGGCAGUGGAAGAGAAAGCAUAAAUAG